UCUGGGGCUGAACGGCGAGUCCUCGAUAACGAGCACCUGGACGAGAGGGCAGGAGAGGACAGAAGGCUGUCCGCGCGUCUGUUAACGGUACCUACAGAGUUGAGUGGUGCAGUGGGCAUGGAGACCACCAGGAGACGGCCGCAGCAGAGUCCCAGUGGGAAAAGAUCUGAACAGAAGGAGCAGCGAGCACAGUGGGGGAGAGCGUGGGAGGUGGACUGGUUUUCCCUCAUCGGUGUAAUCGGCCUGCUGUGCUUUGCCCCUUUCAUUGUCUUCUACUUUGUGAUGGCCUGUGAUCAGUACCAGUGCUCCAUCAGCCAGCCUGUGCUGGAGCUGUACCGAGGAGAGGCCACACUGCUCUCCAUCUGGGCCCGGGCACCCUCCUUCUCGUGGUCAGCCGCUAAGAUAUAUGGCGUCUGGGUGAGCUUCCAGGUGUUCCUGUAUAUGUGUUUCAGUGAUAUUACCCAUAAGUUCAUUCCUGGCUAUGUUGGUGGUGUGCAGGAAGGAGCACGAACUCCUGCUGGCCUGAUUAACAAAUAUGAGAUCAAUGGGCUGCAGUGCUGGCUCAUCACUCACGCACUGUGGUUUGCCAAUGCCCAUUAUUUCCACUGGUUUUCUCCCACAAUCAUCUUCGAUAACUGGAUCCCCCUGCUGUGGUGCGCUAACAUACUGGGCUACACCGUGUCCACCUUUGCUUUCAUAAAGGCUUACCUUUUCCCCACCAAUGCUGAGGACUGCAAGUUCACAGGGAACGUCUUCUACAACUACAUGAUGGGCAUCGAGUUCAACCCGCGCAUAGGGAAGUGGUUUGACUUCAAGCUGUUCUUCAACGGCCGGCCCGGCAUCAUAGCCUGGACUCUAAUCAAUCUGUCCUACAUGGCCAAGCAGCAACAACUCUACGGUUACAUCACCAACUCGAUGAUCCUCGUCAAUGUGCUGCAGGCUCUUUAUGUGCUGGACUUCUUCUGGAAUGAGGCGUGGUACCUGAAGACCAUCGAUAUCUGCCACGAUCACUUUGGAUGGUAUCUGGGCUGGGGAGACUGUGUUUGGCUGCCGUACCUCUACACACUGCAGGGUCUGUACCUGGUGUACCACCCAGUCCAGCUCUCUGAUGCCCACGCCCUCGCCGUCUUGCUGCUCGGCCUCGUUGGGUAUUACAUCUUUCGCGCCACCAACCACCAGAAGGAUCUGUUCCGGCGCACAGGUGGCUCCUGCUCCAUCUGGGGCCGCAAACCAACAUGCAUCGAGUGCACGUAUCGCUCCGCUAACGGUGGCGUGCACCACAGCAAGCUCCUGACCUCGGGCUUCUGGGGCGUGGCCCGGCACUUCAACUACACCGGUGACCUGAUGGGCUCUCUGGCCUAUUGCGCCUCAUGUGGUUUUGGCCACAUACUUCCAUAUUUCUACAUUGUUUACAUGACCAUCCUGCUGGUCCAUCGCUGCAUGCGUGAUGAGCAUCGCUGCAGCAGUAAGUAUGGCAAAGACUGGAAACGCUACACCGACGUCGUGCCUUACCGCCUGAUUCCUGGAGUGUUUUAGAGAGUGGACGGGGGAAAUGGUGAGGGGGCAAAGAUCAAGAUGAAAUUAUGACACGCUAAUAGGUUAGCAUAAUAAACACAUCAGAAAUGAACAUUCUGUAUUUUUAAAUGCUCUGCUUGUUUUACAUAAAAUAAGUUUGAUACAUCGGUCUGUUUCCUUUAAGCUGUGACACUUCAAACUCAUUUUUUAAACCAGCUCUGAAUCACAGGAGCAGGAAGAAUCAAAAUCAGGAACAUGUAAAGUUAGUUCUGUAGUUCCUUUGCUCCUCUGACCACACGAUGCUGCGAUGCGGUUAAUAUGGAAAUAUGGUCAUUUAUCAAAAACAAACACAUGGUGGUACAGUUUUUCUGCUGGGAUGGAGAUGAGUUUAAAGAUAAGACUAAAUGACCUAAUCAUACUUUUAUCAGUUAUAUAUAUAUAUAUAUAUGAAAAAAAAAGAACACAUUCCUGUGGUAUAAUAGACCAAGUUUAAUGGCUGUACUGACUGCUUUGCUGAAAAAUUAUGGACCCUUCUUAUAUAAAGUUUUAUAUAAAAUUUGUUUGAAGGUGUUCGCAUUUGCAGGAUUUCUAACCGGGAGGGAAAUUUUGGGCUCGUCGUCUUGUUGGCGGCUCGUUUCUUCACUGGUUCGGAGCAGCAUGCUCACAUAAACUGCCCUCGACUCAUUUAAGGGUCACAGAAAUGACACUUUCUGGGUUCUUCCUAAUAUUGUUCAAUAAGCCUGUAAGGAAUACAGAAACUUCAGCAAUUAUAGUGUGAUGGCUGAAGCUGGUCUGGAUUAAAGCAGCAGGUUGAGUGGAUCAAAGAGGAGCCAUGUUUGAGCUCUCACUGUUAAGACACGUUUUUCCUCGUACCAGCAAUAAAGAUGAAGAU